GAUGCAAACGACAGCAAGUCAGCAAUUCAGGCACUUCCCCAGCCACCUCCGACCUGCUGACGCCGUGUUCAGAUGGUAGCUUCACUGGCUUGAGGAACGGAAAAACACAACGGCGAGGCAGAAGAUUCACGAACCGCACCAAGGAGAUUCGUUCGAGUGAGGAAGCGGAAAGCACAAGAGUCGAGUGAGAGUCCAUCAUCAGAGAACAAAGAUCAGAUGCAUCGCGACAAAGUUGAGUCUCAUAUGAGCAAUGCUUUGAAGCCAAAGGCUGAUGGCACCGAAAAGGAAGGUCCCCAAGUGUUGCUGAAAGUACAAACCACAGCAGCCAUGAGCAGAGACGGUGCACCAGCUGCCCCCCAAAACCCGUCCCCAACCCACCCCAAUCCACCUCCAUUCAACCCCAUGCAAUCAUCUCAGAGUGGCCAUGUGCACAGUGUGGUGCCUGACUUGAUGAGAGUCUACGAAAGCCUGACAAAUGUGAACCCCCAUGCUCAGGAGGGACAGCAGCAGCAGCAGCCACCACAGCAACCACCACCACAGCAAAAACCAUCGCAGAGCCAGCCAUCACAGCUACAGCCACCCGGAACGCUGAACGAGACAGCCUACUACCAAGAGCUACCAGAGAAACCUUCCCAGCAUGUGAAUUAUGCAUACAUCACAUCGGAAGAACAGUAUCGUCAGAUAUAUCAGCAUCAGGGACAGGAGCCUUCGUCCCUUCCCUAUAUUCCUGCCCCUUCGAACGGUCAAAAGACCGAACCAGAGACCUCUCAGGAAGCCAUUAAACCUGAGGAAUCCACUUCUACUUCAAAACCAUCUCGGUCCCUUAGGAGAAAGCGGUCCAGUAUCAGCCAACAGCCCGCUGAUCAGGACGGCAGUUCAAGCACCACUGGAAAGACCAAGGGCCGCAAGAAAGCCAAAGAGACUGACGGGAGGUGGUCUAAGCGGUUUACUUGGCCCGAAGAGCUGCAUAGGGAUUUUGUUUCGGCGGUCUUUGAUGUGGGAUUGAAACAUUCAAGCCCCUCAACUAUCUUAGAACAGAUGCCAAAGCACCCACAGAUCACAUCUGAACGCAUCAAAUCUCACCUUCAGAAAUACAGAGUACACAGGACGAAAUCAAAGCAAGAGUUUAUGUCAUCCUACGAAGUGACACUCCAGAAGUUCAAGAGUGGAGAAAUGGAUACUGCAAAGUCGCUCUCAAAUGGUGAAGCAGCAGCAUAUCUCACUCAAGCUGCGAUAAUGGACACUGGUGAUCCGAGCGCCAUUGGGCCAAAUAAUUCCAGGGCCGCAUCUGCCAAGGGAAACCUCGUAGAAGGAAAGGGCCAAGAUCUACACCAGAAAAACCCUGGGCCUCAGACCACUGCACCUGCACCAUGUACUGUCCCUCCUCCGCCGGGUCAUGAAGCCUUGAUGUUGCCCAAAUUGACAGAAGAAGAGAAGGCUUCCCCGAUUGGGGCAUCCAUGGGAUAUCUUUUGGGGCUCUUCUUUUCGUUGAAGAAGCAAUUGUUGGUGCAGAGAAGCUCUGAGACAUCAGCUUCUGUUGCACCCGCAAUGCCACCUGUUUCUACAUCUACAUCCACCCAAGCAUCUGUCGCAGCUGUCUACAACUCAUUUACAGGAACCAGUAUCACCGCCCCCACCACCAGUGGUGGCUCUGUGGGUGCUGGCGGCGUGCAUGGGGCGAACCCGAUUGAAAAUCCUGCAGUCAUGUCAGCAAUCAGCAGGGAUUGGUCUUCUGGCGGACAUCCUCAUCCUGGGACUCAUGCAGCUGCAUUGGCUGUCCCUGGAGCUCCACCUGGAGCAAGUCCAGCCGUAUCCAAUAUUGAAGCAACAGGCAUGAUGAAGCGAGAGAUGGAAAAUCAAAUGGCAUUUCAAACCAAGAUGCGCGCACUGAAGCAGCAAGAGCUGAAUAAAUACAAGCAUAUUACACCCAACCCAAGCAGCACAGCUGUUGGGGAUACCGGUACCAAUCAGACAGUUCGAUUCAAGGAAGCGGAGCCCCCCGCGACAACGCCGUAUGGUGAUGAUAGUCACCAUUUCAAUCAAGUCGCAAAUAGGGACCAAAGCGCAGCACCAACGGAUGGCGCCGGAACCAGUCUCCAACCACCUCAUUCCACUGCACAUCAGUUGCAUCAUCGUCAACAACACCAGGGAGAAGGCGACAAUAAAGAAAUGCAUCAUGACGGCAGCACAGGGGCCGCCCAAGGAGCCGGUGAAACAGCCGAUGCAACCAGAGCAAGAGCCCCUUCGUUUUCAAUGGGAGGUAAUGAUGAAUUUUGGAACGGUGACGUAAUGGACGAGCAGCUCUUUGAGUUUCUGAUGAACAAUUAGCACUAAACUUAUAGGCCUUUGAGUGAUCUAUCUGUCGAUAAGAUACAACGUAAUCUAGCUAGUAAUUGAUCAAACAUUCUAUUGACUAUGA